GUACCAUUACCCUUCUUUGCGACCCAUUUUGUCUCCUCCCUGAGUCUCUGAGAAGAGCUCAGACCCUGAGAUCCAACCGUUCUCUCUCUAACUUCCCCUGUACUCCUCUCUCUCUCUGUCUCUCUAACUUCCCCUGUACUCCUCUCUCUCUCGCUCUCUCUAACCUGCCCUCUCAAUUACUCUCUCUGUCUUACUUCCCUGUAAAAACCGUAAGAGAUUCACCCCAAAACCCUAGAAAACACUGAAACUUCUUUCAUCAAUGGCGCUCUGAACCCUAAAGCAUCCGUCAAACACCAGCCAGUCUUCGAAGGCCCACUGUUUCGAUUGCUUCUGAUCAUAUUCAAGAUUUCUGCCAUGGCAAUUAGGGUUACAGUCUCAUUCUCUGGCUACCUCGCCCAAUCCCUCACCGGGGCCGCCGGAAUAAGGCCUGGGAGGUUCCCGAAAAUCCACAGGGAUCGUGGGAACUCCAGGAGCCUUCUGGCGGCCCCCCCACCCCUCAGUUCGGGGUGGUCAGGCUCUCCCUGCUUUUCGAUAACUUCGGAUUUGUUAUCGGAGAGUUGCAGUCAAUGUCCUCUUCUUUUAGGGUUAAUUUCAAUUAUAAAAUCUUCCUCGGUUUGUUCUUCUAAUAAUUCAGGGGUUUUUGGAGUGGCCCCUGCUUCUAGGAUUUGUUUAAAGACUUCUUCUCUUCUUCCUUUUUUCAAUGGGAUGAAAUGGCUCCCUUGUAAUGAUUUUUUUCGGGGGGUUGAUAAGGGAGAGAGCUCUGAUAAUGGUGACUUUAGUGAGGUUGUUGAGGAAAUUAGGAGGAAUGAGUGUGAGAUUCAGGAGAGGAAGAAGAGGUGGAUACCACAAUGGGUGAAUUCGACAUCAGAUGAUGUGAAGACGAUAUUGUCGGCUUUGACGGUGAAAUUGUUGUUGCAGUCGUGUGUUGCAGAGCCAAGAGCAAUACCUUCUCUCUCUAUGUAUCCCACUUUUCACGUUGGCGAUCGUAUUUUAGCAGAGAAGGUGUCUUACCUUUUCCGCAAGCCAGAAGUUGCAGAUAUUGUAAUUUUCAAGGCUCCUCCAGUUUUGCAGGAAAAAGGUUUCAGUUCAGGUGAUGUUUUCAUAAAGCGGAUCGUCGCCAAAGAAUGGGAUUGCGUGCAAGUUCGCAAUGGAAAAUUGUUGGUGAAUGGAGUAGCUCAAGAUGAAGACUACAUUCUAGAGCCACUUUCCUAUGAAAUGGAUCCAGUGGUUGUGCCUGAAGGCUAUGUCUUUGUUAUGGGAGACAAUCGCAACAACAGCUUUGACUCCCACAAUUGGGGACCUCUGCCUAUAAAGAACAUUCUUGGCAGAUCGGUGCUUAGAUAUUGGCCUCCCUCCACAGCAUUUGACAUUCCUUAUGAACCACAGCCUGGACCAAAUAUUGCAUUGGCCUCUUGACCCUGGUUUUUCCUCCGGUCAUAUUUGUCUUCAGGUGAAGAGUGCGAAUAUAAGACGCCCUCUUUUACCACCCCUGAAAUGGCGUGCCCAAUUCUUUGAACAGCUACUGUAAAUACUUGAACCAUCGUUACUGUUUGUGUAUUUUAUGCUGCAAAGCAGGCUCGCCUAUAAUUGCUAUGAAAGUAACCUUAUUGUCUUUCUAUGUAAGUUCCAGUUACUUGUAACAUUAAGAUCUCCUUAAUGGCCAAAACGCCAGGAAUCUCAUUAUUUCUGUUUCUGAAGCAAGUUGGAAGGAGCUGAUACUGAUA